AAAAAAAGUUGUAAUAUUUAAUUAAAAGCAAGCGAAGAAUAUGAAAAUGUUCACUUUUAAAUUGUUAAAUGGCGGAUAUAUAUAUAUAUAUAUAUUUUUUUUUUAAACCACCUAGACCCACCUGUUCAGGUGAAUGACGUCACCGCCUCCAGGCGAAAGGCGGAAGAAGACGACGCCGGUAAACCGCCCGUGUUAGUCCGCGUUCUCACAUCUUUAUCGGUCAUUUAAAAGUUAAAAAAAGGGCGGCCAUGGAGGUCUGCUUCACCGCGCGUCAACAGUCGACGUUUAACUUCGCGGUGUUGGUGGUCGCCUACCUCGUCUACCUGCUCGUCGGCGCCGGGGUCUUCUCCGCCAUCGAGCUGCCCUACGAGGUGGAGCUGCGGGCCGAGCUGGAGGCCUCCCAGCGGGACUUCAUCCGCAACAACACCUGCGUGUCGGAGGAGGACCUCCAGGCGCUGCUGGCCCGCGCCUUGGAGGCCAACAACUACGGCGUGUCCGUCCUGGGAGGAAGCAGCCAACGGAACUGGGACUUCAUGUCCUCCUUGUUCUUCACCAGCACCGUGCUCACCACCACAGGUUACGGUCAUACCGUUCCUCUGUCCGACGAAGGAAAGGCGUUCUGCAUCUUCUACUCCAUCGUGGGCAUCCCCGUCACCCUCUUCUUGCUCUCCGCCAUGGUGCAGAGGAUCAUGAUCCUGGUGACCCGCCGACCCCUCUCCUACUUCCCCCGCAGGUGGGCCGUGUCCAGGUCCAGGUUCGCCGUGGGCCACGCCGCCGUCCUGGCCGCGGCGGUGGCCAUGCUGGUGCUCAUCAUCCCCGCCUGGAUCUUCUGGGCCCUGGAGGAGGACUGGAACUUUCUGGAGUCGCUCUACUUCUGCUUCAUCUCCUUGACGACCAUCGGUCUGGGAGACUACGUGCCAGGGGAGAGGCACGACAAAGAGGACAGCCCACACCGCCACGUCUACAAGCUGGUCAUCACCGUGUACCUGCUGCUGGGCCUGCUGCUGAUGUUGGUGCUGAUGGAAACGUGCGUGGAGCUGCCUCAGAUGAAGCGCCUAAGGGGGAGGUUCUACCAGGAGGACAUCCGGGAGCUGGACGGCGAGGCGGCCAACAUCAUGGAGCGCGAGCACGUCGCCGAGCCGCCCGUCAACUACCGCCCGGGCGGCAUCCCGUCCGUGUCGCAGCAGGCGGCCUCCAUGCGGGCGGGCAGCAGGCAGGUGUCGUACACGCCGGCCUCAGGCUCCUCCAUUCAAGGCCAACUGAGCUGAACUCGCCAAGAGAGGGGAAGUGAAAACAGACAUGGACGCUUUUUUUCUUCUACUUCUUCUUCUUCCCUGUCUGCUCGUCCCCCGCAGAUAAGAGCAGGAACACAAGAGGAAGGGCUGGGAACUUUCCACUUCCUGCCUGAAAGUUGACAUCAAGGCUUAGCCAGUGAUUAGCAAGACCUCUCAGUGGACCUCCGCCAAGGCCAAAUGAUCACUGCAGAUGUCACCAGUUUAAACCUGAUGUCUUAAUGUUGUUAUGUCAAUAACACAGCAGGUGCAGCCAAGGCCAAAAUAAUCACUCCAAUUUUGUCUGUCGGGUUUAAAAAUGCAUGAACCCAAAAUGCAAAAAGAGUUUUUUUCUUUUUGCAAUCUUAGCUCAAGGUCAUAGUAUUGUUACAUAAAUAUGAACAUUACCUUUGGAUGGAUUUCAAGAGCAGCCCAAAGCCAAAAUAGUCACUCUGCUCCUGCAUUCAGUUCGUCACUAAAAAGUGCAAAGUUACCCAAAUGCAACUUUUCUGGUCAUUGUUACGUUUUUGCACACCAAACUAGAGAUGUCCGAUAAUGGCUUUUUGCCGAUAUCCGAUAUUGUCCAACUCUUUAAUUACCGAUAUCAACCGAUAUAUGCAGUCGUGGAAUGAACACAUUAUUAUGCCUAAUUUGGACAACCAGGUAUGGUGAAGAUAAGGUACUUUUUUAAAAAAUUAGUAAAAUAAGAUAAAUAAAUUAAAAACAUUUUCUUGAAUAGAAAAGAAAGUACAACAAUAUAAAAACAGUUACAUAGAAACUAGUAAUUAAUGAAAAUGAGUAAAAUUAGCUGUUAAAGGUUAGUACUAUUAGUGGAGCAGCAGCACGCACAAUCAUGUGUGCUUACGGACUGUAUCCCUUGCAGACUGUAUUGAUAUAUAUUGAUAUAUAAUGUAGGAAGCAGAAUAUUAAUAACAGAAAGAAACAACCCUUUUGUGUGAAUGAGUGUAAAUGGGGGAGGGAGGUUUUUUGGCUUGGUGCACUAAUUGUAAGUGUAUCUUGUGUUUUUUAUGUUGAUUUAAUUUAAAAAUAAACAAAAAAAAACGAUACUGAUCAUUUCCGAUAUUACAUUUUAACGCAUAUAUCGGCUGAUAAUAUCGGCAGGCCGAUAUUAUCGGACAUCUCUACACAAAACCAAUUCUGAGGUCAUAUACAACACUUCUGAAGAGCAUCACAUGCAUGUGUAAUGUGUGUGUUUGAACACCAGGGGGCAGCACUUGCAUGCAUUAUCUAUGCCGGGGGUGUCAAAACUCAUUUUAGCUCAGGGGCCACAUGGCAGGCCGGACUACUCAAAUCAUGGCAUUAAAACAAAACAAAAAUAAAGACAACUUCAGAUUGUUUUCUUUUGUCUUACUUUGGCCAAAAAUAGAACAAACGCAUUCUGAAAAUAUUACAAUAAAAAUAUAGAAAAAUAUAACGGCAGCAGUAAAGUUUAGACAAUGAAGGAAAGAAGAAAGUGAAUGAAUGUUUAUAACUGAAUACAUUUACAUAUGCAUAAAAAUGUGUUGUUUUUUUUUUUUAAUGAAUUAAAGUAACGUUUAUGACAACCUUUUUCCAAAACAAUAUAGAAUGUUAGAUAUAACAGGAUAAUGUAUAUAUUUUAAGAAAAAAAAGUGGGACCCCAUGUUUAGGACUUGAUGGGGUCCCUAGGACCCCAUUUUGAAAAUCCCUAGCACCAACACUGAUGGGAGUAUUGGUGCGUGCAAAACAACAGCAGGCCAGUUCUAAUACUAAUAAAAUAUCAUCCCGGGGGAUAUCAUAGAUCAUUCAUUCCUUGGAGGCCAUUUGUCUGACAUCACAUGGACAAAGAUGAGACCUUCUGGAGAAAAGUUCUGUGGUCAGAUGAAACAAAAAUGGAGCUGUUUGGCCACAACACCCAGCAAUGUUUAGAGAUGAAAACGUGAGGCCUUUAAUCUCAGGAACACCAAACCUACCGUCAAGCAUGGUGGUGGUAGUAUUAUGCGCUGGGCCUGUUUUGCUGCCAAUGGAACUGCUGCUUUACAUCAGUGUUUUUCAACCUUUUUUGAGCCAAGACACAUUUUUUUCAUUGGAAAAAUCCCGAGGCACACCACCAGCAGAAAACAUGAAAGUCAGUUGCCGAUGUUGACAGUAAAAAGUAGUUCUCUCAGUUGUAGGUGUACUGUCACAACCUGUCACAUCACGCUGUGACUUAUUCGGUGUUUUCCUGUGUGUAGUGUUUCCUAUUUUGUUGUUGAUUGUCAUGUCAUGUACGGAUGCACUUUGUGGACGCCGUCUGCUGCUCCACACGCUGUAAGUCUUUGCGGUCGUCCAGCAUUCUGUUUUUGUUUACUUUGCAGCCAGUUUAGUUUUGUUUUGCAUAGCUUCAAUGCCUUUUCGUAGCGGCACUUGCCUUUUGUUUAUUUUUGGUUUAAGCAUUAGACACCUUUUUACCUGCACGCUGCCUCCCGCUGUCGUCUGCAUAUUGUGAUCACGACAAAUCAUGUUCCAGACAUCUACAAAGAUGCUGCCACCUACUGAUAUGGAAGAGUAUUACACGGUUACUCUGCCGCGCUCUAGACAGCACAGGCACUCCACAACGGCACAUUAUUUGCGGAUUAUAAUUACUGGUUUGCAAAAAAUAUUUUUAACCCAAUUAGGUGAAAUAACAUUUUCUCCCACGGCACACCAGACAAUAUCUCACGACACACUAGUGUGCCGCAGCACAGUGGUUGAAACCCACUGCUUUACAGAGAGUAAAUGGGACAUUGAAAAAGGAGGAUUACCUCCAAAUUCUUCAGGACAACCUGAAAUCAUCAGGUUGGGUCUUGGGCGCAGUCGGGUGUUCCAUCAGGACAAUGACCCCAAACACACGUCAAAAGUGGUAAAAGAAUCGCUAAAUCAGGCUAGAAUGAAGGUUUUACAAUGGCCUUCCCAAGGACAAUGCUGAAGAAACAAGUCCAUGUCAGAAAAGCAACACAUUUAGCUGAACUGCACCAAUUUUGUCAAGAGCAGUGGUCAAGUGGUCAAGCAGAAGCUUGUGGAUGGCUACCAAAAGCGCCUUAUUGCAGGUAAACUUGCCAAGGGACAAAUAUUAACAUUGCUGUAUGUAUACUUUUGACCCAGCACAUUUGCUCACAU